AUGCAGAACUCUGAAAAAGCAAAUAUACAUCCGCAAUGCAUGUUGGUUGGCUCCAAACGUGAACAAUUGCCUGACGUGCCAGCCGUUUACUUUGUCGCCCCAAAUGAUGAAAACGUGGAACUUCUCUGCAAUGACCUGAAGCUGGGAUUGUAUGAAAACUUUUAUCGCAACUUCAUUUCUCCAUUAUCCCGACCACGACCAGAAAUUCUUGCAACGGCAGCGGUCAAUGGUGGGGCGAUCUCUCAAGUGCAAAAGGUAGUGGAUCAGUAUUUAAAUUUCAUUUCCCUGGAAGACGAUCUCUUUGUAUUGAAAAGAUACCCUGAAGCAAGUCCCAUGUCCUAUUAUGCAAUCAAUGAUCCUUCAACAUCCGACGCUCAAAUGGAAUCUAUGAUUGAAUCCAUCGCGGAUGGUCUCUUUUCGAUGUGUGCUACUCUUGGUUUGGUGCCAGUGAUUCGUGCUUCCAAAGACAAUGCUGCGGAACAAAUUGCAAUUAGGCUUGAUCAAAAACUCCGAGACAACUUACGGGAUGCACGCAAUAAUCAUUGCUUGAUGAGAUUAUUUUUGCUUGUCGUAUUCAAUGGCUGGUUGUUUCAGCGCUUUCUGGAAUUGGGUACUCGACCUGGAGCUGAUGAAGAUCUCAAGGCGAGCGACUUCUCUUAUGAAGCAACCAAAUAUGGAUUCGAUGAAGCACAUGGAAAAGAUCAAGAUGACACUGCUUUCAAUGAGACGUUCCCCGAAAAUACGAUUGUGUGCUAUACGGACGGAAGUUUUCAAGCUGGGGUUCCUCGGGAAGCCGUCGACUCUUCAGCUUAUGCCGGGUUUUUUGGCGAAGGCAACAUACUCAACUUUGCUGUUCGUCUUGAAGGUCUAGAAAAAGCAACACUGUCCAACAAAAAAAGGAUUCCCGAAGAUGAUUGUGCGACUUACAUCGAGAUUGUGGCUGUAAAAACUGCGCUCGAAAAGUUGGCAGCACUGCCUGGCAGCACCGAUAUGGAUGUUAUCGUCCGUACUGACAGCAUGAACACGAUCCAGGGACUGAAGAAACGUAACAAGCUCAAAAUAGAAGAUCUUCGUAAAGGAAUCGAUUCGAUCAAGAAGGUGGUAUCAAAUUACCCGAGAGGAGUCCUCUUUCAACAUGUAUACAGCCACAAUGGCGACGCGGGAAACGAGAUGGCUGAUGCCAUGGCUUCUCGGGCAAGGAAAGGUUGCACGUCGGAAAAGGAUUACCAGUUGGAGGAGAAAUUGGUUAAACGCGAGAAAAAAUAUUCGCGACACGGCAAAGUGAAAUCCCAAUACGAGAGGGCUUUCAACGACGAGGGAAACCCAACUUCAAAACGAUAUGUAUUCAUCAAGCAAAAUGGCGAAGCCGAAAAAAGGGAUGAA